AUGUCGCCCCCGACCUUACGCCAGCUCUGUAUUGCAGCUGCGAUUCGGAACGUGAAGUAUCUCAAUGAUAUUGGCAACAUUCCUUAUGCGCUUGCCCGUCCUUUCCUUCUGAAGAUUGAGAGCCCAGAGAAGCUAAGAUCUCUCGAACUACAAUCACCACAUCUCAUAAACGAUGAUGCUGAGCUAUGGUUGGAGUUUCUUAAGCGGGAUAUACCCAAUCUAGAGGAGUACCAGUUACCAGAGCAGCCGGACUGCUGGUACGACCUGUAUUGCGAACUGCGAGAGGAGGUACAAAGGGGAGUCGAUGAGGAUGCGGAGAAACUCAAAAUGGCCCUCGAUGGCUUAAAUUCAGAACGAGCGAAGCAUAGUACCAAAUUCGUGGCCGACCGACGGACCAUCGGCGUCCCGCGAAGCCGGACAACAGCUAGGCAUCGGUUUAGUACAUUCGGAGGCUUCACGCCGAAGAAAAGCAACAUAUUUUCGGCUACAAGACGAAACAACGCCCUGACUGUCCCUACAAAGCAACUUAACAACAGGGCGACGCAGGUGCGGCAGGCUCCGCGCUCCCUGAUAGAGGAACAUCGUCGACCUGCUGAGCCGGCCAUUGCUCGGCGACCACCACUACGAGCACCUGGGCGCUCAAACUCGCAAGAUGCUCCAAGUACUAGAAGUUACAGCAGUCCGUCUGGUCUUAGCUCAUCAUUACAGGAGAGGGAAGCCAGACUACGUGCAAUCGCUUCGGGCCACGUUAGAACCCCCCUCCCACUACAGUCAUCGAGACCUGCAUCGACCAAAACUUCGUCGGGCGCUUCCCCUACCUUAUCCGAGUCUCAACUCGGUGCGACUACCAACUCCGAACCGUCAAGGCUUUCUCCACCUCGAGCAUCAAUCCGAAAACGACCCGCUCGUAACCUUUUCAUCCAACCGAAAAAGAAGAAGGUGAACUGA